UUCAAAAGAAUAAACAAGAAAACGAUAUGAAGCAAUGAAAUACAGCAUGGUGCUGGUACUGGUGCUUGUUAUUGCGGUUUUAGCCGCAGAUGGAGAGGAUGCCGCUAAGUGCCGGACAGCCCAGCUUAGAAUAUGGGACUGGUAUUAGUCGCUCUCUUUAUUCAUCAUCUCCUUUCUUUUCGCUCUAUCCUAAUAAGAUGUAUCUGCUGAUGUAUUUAACAGGUGCUUACAUCUAUUACAAUUGUUUCUUCCUUUUUUUUUUUUGUCAAGAGGUUUUACGCCGAGGCUCGAGUAUUAAGGCUAAGCGGCUGCAAAGAGAGAGGGUAAGCUUACAUGGCGGCUAGUAACGAUGCCGCUCUCCCAAACAGCCAAUGGCCAAGACGGCCACUGUAGGGUUGAGCAAUUUGCCAAGCUGAUUGGCAGCUGUUAUCUAAAUAGGUAGCUCGUGGUGCGAUCGGGGCUGAAGA